AUGUUUGCUGUAUCUGACGUAGAGUCAGAGCUGAAAGAAGACAGUGACAAUUUUGGUUCAGUCUGUAGAGUAUGCAGAUCGCCACUUGAGCCACCGUGGAUCCGUUGUGUUCAGUGUCAGCCGUACCAGCAUAUCUGUGCACGAUGUUUCUCUUUUGGCGUUGAAUUUGACCAACAUGAAAGUGACCAUUCAUAUAUGGUCGUGAGAUAUAACUUUCCUCUGUUUGAGCCCAGCUGGACUGCAGCAGAGGAGAUCCGUUUGCUUGAAAGUAUACAAGAGUACGGCCUUGGAAACUGGGUUCCUGUAAGUGGCAGAAUGAGAGUUAAAAGUGCUGAAGAUUGUGAGAGGCACUAUUUCAAGUACUAUGUGGAGAAUCCCCAACCACCCUUGCCAGUAUUUGAGGAUCGAGAAAACUAUACCAGAGGUGCCCCUGUGGUUUUUAAAUUGUCCGACAACCCUCCUCGUCCCCCUGAAGGAUCAACACUCUCGUUUGAAAUGGGAGGAUACUCAGCGGCUCGGGGUGACUUCGAUGUUGAGCAUGACAAUUUCAUAGAGAUGGACAUUUGUCGUAUGACAUUUGAUGAAGAUGAUGAUGAUGAUGAAACCGUUGUCAAGGAGCCAGAUGAUGAACAUCUGUACAGAGAACUGAGUUUGGCAGCCCUGGAUGUUUACUGGCACUGCUUGCGAGAGAGACAGAGGCGGAAAAAAAUGAUACGAGAUUACGGUCUCAUUAAUGUCCGGAAGUGGUAUGGUAUGUUGAAACGACGAUACGAGAACAACAUACCGCUGGAGUUCUUGCGGCCGUUUAUGCGUCUGUUUCCUCCAGUCACGUUUGAUAAAUAUUUGGAAAGUUUAAAUUAUAAGAAACAGCUCAAGUCUGACAUUCUCAGCCUGCAAGAGUACAGGAGGAACGGCAUCACCAGACUGAGGUCGGUCAAGGCCUUUUACCAGAUGAAGAAGAGACGAGAACACAUGAAAUCCCAGCGACAUAAUUUUACUGAUGUGAUUAGUCACGUCACGGAUGAGCAGUCGUGUCUCUCUUGGCUUGCUAAACAAACCAUAGUUGAAGGAUGUUCCAAAACUUCACUGGCUAAUAUUCCAGUACUCCCCAAAAAGGUGAUUCCACGGCUCAACAUUGAUGGCUUGCCAGGAUAUGAAAAACUCUCAGAGGCUGAGAGAGAGAUGUGUUCAGAAGUGCGCUUAGUGCCUCAAGCCUACUUGGAUUUCUCUAGAAUCUUGAUAUCGGAGUGUGCUAAGCAGGGUUAUCUGCCGCUAGCACAAGCCAGAACGCUCAUCAAGAUUGAUGUGAACAAGACCAGAAAACUCCACAGCUUUCUCAUCAAGGAGGGCCGUAUCACUAAAGACCCUAUAUAA